AUGAACACGUCUCCUAUUACCCAAUCUCCACCUUCCUCCAAGAAGUGUAGGACACGGCAAUCGGGUACACCAUGGACCCGCUCGGGGUGUUUGACAUGCAAGAAAAGACGCAAGGCGUGUGAUAAAACGAAACCGAAUUGCAAUAACUGUCUCAAGCAAGGACGAACUUGCGAGGGCUAUGGCUCUAUGUGGGUAGAGCCUCUGGGUCCGUCCGCGCAAGUCUUUUCAAACUCAAAGUCUUUAUCGCAACCUGAUCCGAAGAUUGAGCAAUCAAAGCGUCGAAGACUCAGUGAGUCUUCGUCUCAAUUGCCUUCCCCACCACCCUCGGUGUCAUCAGAUGCAUGGCUUGAAACCAGCUCCUCGGGGCAGGUGACACCCUGGAGCCGGUCAACUGCAUCGUCUCCUCGACAUCACAGCUCCAUAUACUCGGAUUUCAACACUCGGAACUCAGAGGAUGAUACCCCUGGGUAUGUCGAGCCAUCCACCGAGGUGAUGAUUCCCCGGCCCCAGGGACACAUAAGCCAUCUUUCAUGCAAUGAGACCCACUAUCUCCAGUACCACAUGGAGCAAGGUUCUCGGUUGCUAGCAAAUUUGGAGAGUGAUGACAAUCCCCUUCGAUCCAUAUUAAUCCCGAGAGCCAUGUCAUCCCCUCUGCUGAUGAAGGCCGUUUGUGCUGUCUCCGCCCUUCAUCUAGCAAAUCGUUCCCACGGCUUUGGUGCACAUACCGCUUCCGUGGACUACUAUAGUGGAACUCUCAAUGGUCUCCGGUCAGCCCUUGGGAAGUGUUCAACUGAACUUUUACCCGACGAUACCAUGCUGGCUGUGGGACUACUGUGCAAAUAUGAGAUCGUACGUGGCAGUGUGAAACAAUGGGUUGUUCAUCUCAACGCUUUGCAACGCCUAAUCGUCUCACGUGGAGGGUUUGCGUCAAUGGAUCGCGACGCAGCGGAGUUUUUGCGUGGCCUAUUUGUCUACGCCUAUCAGAUGGCUAGAAUCAGCAAUCACAAUCGCAUCGCUCCAACGGAUAUCUCUAUUGACAGCGACAUCGGCAUUCCGAAAUUAGACAUCUACAUUGGCUAUACAGAAGAGCUUCUUGAGCUUUGUGCGCGCAUUGCAGAGCUUCCCGCGCUGAAGAAUGACACCAUGGCCCUCUAUCUCUGUGUAUCUUCCAUAAACGAAUCACUCGUUAAAUGGACCCAUACUUCAACUCCAUAUAUAAUUCCACAGGGCACGCCGGCAGCCACUCUUACCCGUCUACAACUUGUGGCCGAAUGCUUCCGUGACGCAGGCUUCACUUACCUCCAUUCAAUCAUGGAGCGUAUCAGCAGGGAUUCGGAGAUGGAAACAACCAUUCCAAUAGGAAUAUUCCCUACGAACGAUUGGAUCUCCCUCAUCUCCACACCCAAGCAGCUAGCUAUUCGGCGCUGUCUUGCGCGCGUUGAGACCUUUCCGCUCGACGACCACUGCGAGUACUCGGCUCUCACGUUUCCUCUUUUCAUCUCCGGUUGCGAGAGCGAAAACAUAGCCGACAGAGAAGUGGUCCUUCGAUCUCUUGAUAAGUUGCAGUACAACUUUGGCAUUGGUAAUGUGAGACGUGCAAAGGAGUUGUUGGGAAUAUUCUGGGCGAGGCGAGAUGCCGAUGCCGGAGUUAAUGGCCUUGGCAUGGAUCAAAAACAGGUGCAUUGGCUGGAUAUUGUGGAAGAGCUAGGCUGGGAAUUGAUUCUCGCAUGA